UCCGGUUGGAGACGUGGCUGUACCCAGCUGCCAUAUUGAAGCUUCGGUCAGGGAGACACUCGACAGAGGCUGCAUAAUCAUUUAAAAAACAUUGGCAUAAAGAAACGGAUACCAUACGGGACUGUCACAGUCGGAAUCUUAAGCACGCAAACGACCACACAGACCGAAAAUGGUGCUGUUGGCAGCGGCUGUGUGCACCAAGGCGGGCAAGGCCAUCGUGUCGCGGCAGUUUGUGGAGAUGACCCGGACACGCAUUGAGGGCCUGCUGGCCGCCUUCCCCAAGCUGAUGAACACGGGCAAGCAGCACACCUUCGUGGAGACGGAGAGCGUCCGCUACGUCUACCAGCCCCUGGAGAAGCUCUACAUGGUGCUCAUCACCACCAAGAACAGCAACAUCCUGGAGGACCUGGAGACCCUGCGGCUCUUCUCUCGUGUGAUCCCCGAGUACUGCAGGGUCCUGGAGGAGAGCGAGAUCUCGGAGCACUGCUUUGACCUCAUCUUUGCCUUUGACGAGAUCGUGGCCCUGGGCUACAGGGAGAACGUCAACCUGGCCCAGAUCCGUACCUUCACAGAGAUGGACUCCCAUGAGGAGAAGGUGUUCCGUGCCGUCAGAGAGACCCAGGAGCGCGAGGCGAAGGCGGAGAUGCGGCGGAAGGCGAAGGAGUUGCAGCAGGCGCGCCGCGACGCAGAACGUUCUGGAAAGAAAGCGCCCGGCUUUGGGGGCUUUGGCAGCUCCGGCAUGACCAGCAGCAACUCGGCCACCAUCAUCACAGAUGCUCUCAUGGAGCCCGAGAAGCCCAAGGUGGCACCUGCACCUGCUAGGCCCAGUGGCCCCAGCAAGGCUCUGAAACUGGGAGCCCGAGGGAAGGAGGUGGAUGACUUUGUGGACAAGCUGAAGUCAGAAGGGGAGAAUAUCAUCCUGCCCAGCACAGGAAAGAGGCCCUCAGAGGCGUCCAAAUCCCUGCCUCCUCCGGUCAAUGUAGAGAGCGUGCACAUGCGGUUGGAGGAGAAGAUAUCUUUGACCUGUGGGCGUGAUGGGGGCCUGCAGAACAUGGAGGUGCUGGGCAUGAUCACCCUCAGGGUGUCCGACGAGAAGAAUGGAAGGAUUCGUGUGUACGUCAACAACAAUGACAAGAAGGGCGUCCAGCUGCAGACUCACCCCAACGUGGACAAGAAGCUCUUCACUGCUGACUCUGUGAUUGGCCUGAAGAACCCAGACAAGUCCUUCCCUCUGAACAACGAUGUGGGUGUGCUCAAGUGGAGACUACAGACCACGGACGAGUCCCUCAUACCACUCACAAUAAACUGCUGGCCUUCGGAGAGCAGCACCGGCUGCGAUGUGAACAUAGAAUAUGAGCUGCAGGAGGAGGGGCUGGAGCUCAAUGAUGUCAUCAUCGCCAUCCCUGUUCCUUCAGGGGUUGGAGCGCCAGUGAUCGGAGACCUCGACGGCGAGUAUCGCCACGACAGCCGGCGGAACAUUCUGGAGUGGUGCUUGCCGGUCAUUGAUGUCAAGAAUAAGACGGGCAGCCUGGAGUUCAGUGUGGCCGGCCAGCCCAGCGACUUCUUCCCUGUCAAUGUCUCUUUCGUCUCGAAGAGCAACUUCUGCGACAUACAGGUCGCCAAAGUGUCUCAGGUAGACGGGGACAGCCCUGUGAGGUUCUCCAUGGAGACGGCAUUCGUGGUCGACAAAUACGAGAUUCUAUAAAGAAAUAAAUGAUGACGCAAGGGGAAAAAUGAAAAUGAAAAUAUAUAGCAGGAAAAACAAAAAAAAACGGAAGAAAUUACUGUCAGCCUGUCCGCCUAUUCUGA